GUGGCGCACAGCUCGGCAGACCGCGAUGGAGGAAUUGAACUAGACUACUUGUCAGCUGAGCCUCUGGCAAACACAGCCGUUCAAACAAAUUCCUUAGCCUGGCGACCUCGAGGAAGGCGUCUUCGGAGAAAGCCACUGAACCACCCCCCGGCCCCCCCUUCCCAAGGGCUCCAAGUUACGCUUAUGACACUUUUGGCACUCGACCCUGGUUCUCCCACCCGCCCGCUCCCUUCAGAGUCAACAAGCCUUCUACUGCCUCAUCUAUCUGUGUCUGCAGCUCUCAGCACAAGUGUAGCCCUCUGAAAUGAGCUUUAAUUAUUACCUCUCCAAAAUUAAGCAGUAAGUCUGACUUUUUCUCUCUAGAAUCAUCAGUAUGCAUGACUGACCUGUCUCAGUGGUGAAUCUCAUUGGCAUUUAGGUUAAUUUGUAACACCUCAAAAAGAUGAUCCUUUAGACAAGAGACAGUUUCCUUUUCAGGCCUGAUUGACAGGUCUCUGUAGGUCCCCCAAUACCUCUGUUGACAACACAAACAGUUGAACUGAGGGUCUUUUGCUUGUUUAGUUUUUACUGAUACUGUUCUCUCAGUCUGUUCUACAAAGUUAACCCUACGACAAAGCCAGAGGAAUCCCAAACUCAAGACAUUUUGAUCAUGUUGGAGCUGCAAGAUGUAGUAGUGCGACCAGCCGUGACUGGCAGCUCAUAUAGAAGUCUCUAGUAAUGCCAUAAUGAGCAGAAUGGCUGGACUCAAGCAUUGAACAGAGCAAGGAAAUCCUCAUGUUCGCAUAAAUCAGACUUAAAGGUGAAUUGUUCCGCACAAACAAAACCCAAAGGGAGCCUGCAGCUUUCUGAUAAGCCGUCUGGCAACUUUCAUUUCAAACUCUUAUUUUACCGAUGCCUGCGCCUGGUGCAAGGAUGCCCCAUAACACCGCCCACUGUUCUUGAGAAAGAGAGUAAAGGAGGAGGAGAACGGGUAGGAAAUGACAGAGUGCCUGACAGAAUGCAAAGCGCUGGUGACCCCGUCCACGCGCAACGGCCACCGCGUCUUCAGCUACACGCUGGAGAGCCACACGUCGGCCGCCUUCGCCAUCAUGAACGAGCUGCGUCUGGAGCGCCAGCUGUGCGACGUCACGCUGCGGGUGCGCUACAAAGACCUGGAGGCUGUGGACUUUGUGGCUCACAAGGUGGUGUUGGCCUCCUCGUCCCCGGUGUUCAGGGCCAUGUUCACCAACGGCCUGAAGGAGUGCGGGAUGGAGUUGGUGCCCAUCGAGGGGAUCCACCCCAGAGUUAUGGACCGACUGAUAGAGUUUGCCUACACGGCCAGCAUCUCCGUAGGGGAGAAGUGUGUGAUUCACGUGAUGAACGGCGCUGUCAUGUACCAGAUAGACAGCGUGGUCAAGGCCUGCUGCGAUUUCCUCGUCCAGCAGCUCGACCCGAGCAACGCCAUCGGCAUCGCCAACUUCGCUGAGCAGAUUGGCUGCACAGAGCUCCACCAGAAGGCCCGCGAAUACAUCUACAUGAACUUCAGCCAGGUGGCGACCCAGGAGGAGUUCUUCAACUUGUCCCACUGCCAGCUGGUCACCCUCAUCAGCCGCGAUGAGCUCAAUGUGCGCUGUGAGUCCGAAGUCUUUCAGGCAUGUGUGGCCUGGGUUCGCUACGACCGGGAGAACCGGCGGCCGUACGUCCAGGCCUUACUCCAGGCUGUCCGCUGCCAUUCCCUCACCCCCAACUUCCUGCAGGCCCAGCUCCAGUCUCUGGACUGGGACCCCCAGUGUAAAGACUACCUGGCCCAGAUCUUCCAGGACCUCACCCUCCACAAACCCACCAAAGUCAUCUCUUGCCGAACACCCAAGGUGCCGCAGCUCAUCUACACAGCAGGGGGUUAUUUCCGUCAGUCUCUCAGCUACCUGGAGGCGUAUAAUCCCUGCACAGGAUCCUGGCUGAGGCUGGCUGACCUGCAGGUACCCCGCAGUGGCCUCGCAGCCUGUGUGAUCAGCGGGCUUUUCUACGCUGUCGGUGGAAGAAACAACGCACCGGAUGGCAACAUGGACUCAAAUGCACUGGACUGCUACAAUCCCAUGAACAACUGCUGGCUGCCGUGUGCGCCAAUGAGCGUACCCAGGAACCGAAUUGGAGUUGGUGUCAUCGAUGGAAUGAUAUAUGCAGUUGGUGGAUCUCAUGGGUGCAUUCAUCACAAUAGUGUUGAAAGGUAUGAUCCAGAAAGGGACCAGUGGCAGCUGGUAGCCCCCAUGUUGACACGGCGAAUCGGUGUGGGUGUUGCGGUCAUCAACCGGCUGCUUUACGCUGUGGGCGGGUUCGACGGGGCCAAUCGGCUCAGCUCCUGUGAGUGCUACAACCCUGAAAGGGAUGAGUGGAAGACCAUGGCCCCCAUGAACACUGUGCGCUCUGGAGCAGGUGUGUGCUCACUGGGGAAUCACAUCUUUGUGAUGGGCGGCUACGAUGGCACUAACCAGCUGAACACAGUGGAGCGCUAUGAUGUGGAGACUGAUACGUGGAGCUUUGCUGCCUCCAUGAGGCACCGACGCAGUGCUCUGGGAGUCACUGCAUUACAUGGACGCAUCUAUGUAAUGGGAGGUUACGAUGGCAACACCUUCCUGGACAGCGUGGAAUGCUAUGACCCUGAGAAGGACACCUGGGCGGAGGUGACGCACAUGACAUCAGGGCGGAGCGGCGUGGGUGUGGCCGUUACCAUGGAGCCAUGCCAGAAAGAACUGCCACAGUGUCAGAAGUCUGAGAGGGAGAAUGGUGUUGCGUCACCAGCCAACUCCGGGUUUGGCUGUCACCACAAUCAGCGGCACGGCGGGCCCUUCGGCAUAGGCACAUGAGGCUCAUCCCUAGACCCUGUCACACACGCACAUACACAGACGAGCACCCGAACUCCAUUCUGUCUUCCCAUAUCAAAAUAAAGACCCUCAAAACUGAUUAGAGACAGGCGAGCUGAAACAACACAUGCUGCCUCACUGAGUCUAGAGAUCGCACUUGAUAUGAAUAAUUAAAAAAACAAAGUCAGUAACACUUAAUUUUAGAAGUGCGGUGUAUCUGCAUCGGACCAUCCAACAUAAAGUAUGACCCCAGAUCCUACAGUCAAGUUUUCAAGACCUGAAAUUUGACUCAUUUGUUUAUGGUAAAUUGUGUUUAGAUUUGAUAUCCAAAGUCAUCAUCUCCCAGGUUUGAGCCAUGGGAGGAAAGGGCUGCAUAACAAGGGCCAUUUACUAACUCAAAGAGUCAUCAGGGGCUCUUUGCACUCCAAGAGCAGCCCAUGCAAAAGUUGAAUCAAAGGGGAGGAAAAAAAUCAAAUAAACUCAUUUUGUAAAAAAGAAAAAGACAAAAAGUAGCUUUUGUCAGCAUAGGCAGUAGAGUUCAAAGUGCCAUUAACAAUGCCUGUGGGCAUUACUGUCAUCAGUAUAUUGUCUUGAGGUGCUUUGAUGGAAAGACGGACAGAGUCACUGUGGUGUGUAGAAAUGAUCAAGUGAACCCAGACAGCCACAAGAUGAAGCUUAAACAUGACAAUGGGCCUCAUGCAAGAACCUUUUUCAACCUAAACCUUGUACAUGUUCCAAGUCAGAUUCAGAAAACUCUCCUGACAACACACUCAUGAUAAUCAACGCACCCAAAUUGCUAUAUAAAGCUACUUGUUCCACUCCGUUUGUAGGCAAGUUUCAUUCAUUAACACAUCACUGAAGAGUAAAACAAAAAGAAUUUCACACUGUGGAACCUGAAGUCCUGAUGUUAGAAAUUAGCAGAUGAUCAAAUAACAAUUUUAGAAGUGUCUGUAGUCGUAUUAGUGGAGCCAAAAUGGUUUGAUAUGGAAUCAGAAUCCAAAAGCAAAGUAGUCUCUAAAACGAGAUGCUGCAGUCAAUGGAGCACCGCACUCUGGGAGACGGACGUGAGAAUAUAUGAUGUUUACACUGUUGGGUGUUACAACGGAGGGUGUUCGCCUGCAAGACCCUGAUGUGUGUUUUCCAAGCAACUGCUGAAUUAUAUAAACUGUCUUCCAAAAUAUGGCCAUAAAAUCUCAAGGAUAAAAAGAAAGGGAGUAAAUUGGCAUGCCAUGAUGCAAAUCACACUAAUACAGUGUGCAGAAUAUUCAUUUUGCAUUAAUUCAUUCAAAUUAGGUUGAUUUCUUCAAAGAAGUGUUUCUCCCCUGUAGAGAAAAUCAGCGUACCUGUGCAUGACUCAGGCCUGGACCACCCCUGACACCCCUGCAGGCUGCCACAAAUUCUCAUCAAUCAAUACAUCGACUUGGCAUUUACACUCUUCAGAUGAUUGGGUUUUUGCAUGAGACCCAGUCUCAAAUCCAAGCGCUGGUAGAAGAGAAGCAGAACUUCACAGUAACUGCAUAGUAACAGAUGUGUCUUUUCACUAAUAGCCACUGGUUGGUCCGUUAAAUGUGAAACGUUUGGAAAUGGUGUAGGCAGAUUGUUGAGCGUCGCCUCUUGUAAAGCUACCAGAGAGUCUGCUCCGGUCUGACUCGUAUGUGUGCCAAGAGAAUGAAGAAACAGGUUUUAACUGUUUUUAGAGCAAAGAGAAUACUGUAGCAUUUAAAAAAAACGUGGAUUCAAACAUCUCACUGAAUGUGUUUUUAUAAAAACACUAAUUACUGACCCAGUUGAAAACCUCCCCUUACAGUUGACUUUGUGGCUUUCACGUCCACCAGACCUCAGAAACAGAAGAGACCAUGUUUGUGCAUUAGUGUUCAGAUAUCGUAUGCUAAUGACAAAAAACUUGCUUAAAGAAGUGUAUUUGUAACAGCAAUUUAAGCUACAAAGGUUUUUAAGUGAUGUUUUGUACAUUGAUACUCUAAGAAGUCUUGUACAGAAUUUCAGAGCUCACUUUUUUUAUUUAUUUGUUCAGAUCCUUUUGGUUUUCUCGUUCCUCUAAACUGACAUCAGCUUUGUAUUGAAUUGGACUCUGGUGUUGUGUUUUUGAAUAACUAGCAUGCAUUGUAACUAAGUAGGAAUGCCUGUUAAUGCUAAUUUUGGAUGUUUGUAAAAAUUUGCUUCACUUUGAAAGGGACUUUUUUUUCCUGUCCAUCAGUAGUUGGAAUGGAAAUUUAAGUAUUUAAGGUUUUUAUUUUUUUCCAGCCUGUACAAUAAUACAUUGUAAAGUAAAAUAUAUGUUUAUUGUACUGCUGGAGUCA